CGUUAUGGCAUCUAUCGACCACUGGCGCAUGCGUCUUAACAACUACCUCCAAGCCAAUGGAGGCGUACAUCUUCUCGGCUGGGACGUCUUCCAGUCCGGGCCAUUACACCAGCCGAUGUGGACGGCAAUAGCGUACAUCAGGGGCGUAGAAUACGGUCGCUCGUGUGGCCCGAGCCAGUACGCCGUUCGAGAAGAGGCUGCACGACAAACCCUGGCAGCAUUGCAGUCAGAUCGACGCAGAUGGUAGUCGCCAGCACCAUUUAAGGCGCACGCCGACCUCGACCCCCUCGCUAUCGCUCUCCCUUCUCCCUGUUUUCGAUCUUGCUCUUCUUGUUGCACCCAGCCUCCACAUACCACCAUCCCGGACGUUUUGAACGCUAUACCUACUAGCAUUUGCUACCCCAUUACCCUCUCGCUACAUUAUCUUUAUAACUUAGUGUGUAUCUUUCUUGAAUAGCCUCGCUCUCUCGCCCACGGACGAUGUGUACUGUAUCUCCCAGCCGAACUCUCGCGCUCUGUCGUGUCAUUGUAACUACCCGACGUCUAAUGUACUA